UGCCCGAGCGCGAGUUUCAGGGAAACGAUGGAGGGCUCGAUGAUGUUGUUGCGGCGAAAUGGCAAGCCUAUUCUAAGAGCAAGCCUGCCACGAGGCGCCUCGUCUACCUAUUUUCCCGUAAAACCAUGCUUCCACUGUCACGACCCAUCAUCACUGCCUCACGCGAAAUGUAAAGAGGAACAUUCCAUAGACCGGAGGCCCGCCCCCCAGCCAGACAAGAAACCGCUUACCGUCGCAAUCUAGCUUUGUGCUCAAGCCCUCCUUACCCUCCAUCACCCACACCAUACACUCAUUCUACAGUGUUAGACGACAUCUCCCACCAUGUCGACAUCGGCGGCCACUAGCAAGUCGUCAUCAAAGACGCCCAGGAAGAGCCUCAAAGUGCGCUUAAGACUCUCUCCUAAAAUCCUCGCCAAGUUCCCAUCCGACAUCACGCCCAAGCCAUCAAUAGCGACACCUGCCAUCGAGCCACUGUCGUCAGCACAAUUACACGAUGCCACCGACAAGACGUCAGACUCGAAUGGCACGCCCAUGCCGGCGCCCAGCAACGAGACCGGAGAUGGCAAUACUCUAGCACCACCAAAGGUUGACAGGCGCAGAAGAGGUGGCGCGGGCAUCAGCAGUGGACGGAAGCGAGCACCACCCUCCAUCGACCCAAAUGGGCCCAUGAGGGAACGUGGACGGCCUGGUCCAAAGAAGAAACCACGAUUUAGACCAGACGGCACGAUUGACCGCUCCAAUGAUGGUACUAGGCCCGCGCCCGUCACAGCACCUUCCCGUCUUGGACCCAAGGCAAAUACGGGCAACAUCAACGCCAAUCUCCGCGCUCUGGACCGCUCUGGCAAACCGUGCCGGCGGUGGGAACGUAAGCCGCUGCAUAUCAAGUCAUUUACCGGCGUCAUGUGGGGUAUGCCAUCUUGGAAAGCGCCCCAACGCGACAACGGCUUCGCUGGCGACGUUAAAAGCGACAGUACCGGGUCCAGUGACCUCAAGCGCAACGACAGCAGCGCUGUUGGCAGUGACAGGAGCCACAGUGGGAUGGAUGUCGGCGAUACGACUAUGAUGAAUGGGAUUGAGAGCUCACCGGCGCCUCCUGUUCCAGCCUGAGUGUCGAACACAACUUCUGCUCUGUAAUUUUGUGUUUUCUGAUCUCGCCGCCUUGUAGGCUGGCUCUAGCGACGGAGUUUGGGAGGGCGAGCGAAAGCUACGCAAGUGUAGCAAUGAAUGUAUUAGGGACAGGGAGAAGACUCUUCACGUCGUACGUGCUACUUCAGCGUCACGUCCUAUCAACACUAGGACCACGAUUGGCAACAUGUUGAAAGACGGCGGCAG